AGCGCUGCUGAGGUCAAUAGUGUUAAAAAUAUUUGCUUAUCGCAGGCUGACUAGCUAAACAAGCAAAGAAAAUUUUCUGUCACCAGGCAACAAAAUGAGAGUAUUGAUUGGUGGAGGGUCAGGUUUUGUCGGGCGUGAACUCAUCCAAAUGCUAAGGGGCAAAGGUCAUGAGGUCACCAUCAUUUCCAGACAGCCUGGCCCAGGAAGAAUUACAUGGGCUGCUCUGGAAUCUGGUGGCCUGCCACAUUGUGAAGGUGUGGUGAAUCUUGCUGGUGAGAACAUCAUGAACCCAAUGAGAUGGUGGAAUAACCAUUACAAGAAGGAUCUGGUUUCCAGUCGAGUAGACACUACGAGAGCUUUAGCUCAUGCUAUCGCUGCCUCCACUACUCCUCCGCAUUCAUGGGUCCUGAUCACUGGUGUGGCAUGUUACAAGCCCUGUCUUCAGACACAAUACACAGAGGACAGCGAGUGGGUGCCUUUUGACUUCCUGUCUCAACUGGUGAAAGAGUGGGAAGAGGCAGCUCAUCUCCCUGAGAAUGCUGCCAAGAAUACCAGACAGGUGGUGAUUAGACCAGGGGCUGUGUUGGGACGAGAUGGUGGGGCAAUGAAGCAGAUGCUGACCCCGUUCCGGCUGGGACUUGGAGGACCCCUGGGCUCCGGGCGACAGCCCUUCCCUUGGAUCCACGUCUCAGACCUGGCUGGGAUAAUCGCGCAGAGUCUUGAACCCUCAAGAUCUCCCCUUUCUCCACACCCAGAAGUGUUUAAUGGAGUUGCUCCAUCACUCAAAACCAACUUUGAAUUCACCAAGGAGUUGGGGCACCUCCUGAAAUGGCCAACCAUGUUUCCUGUGCCGGGCUUCUUCCUGGACACCGUGCUGGGCUCAGAGAGAGCGGUUAUCCUCACUCAAGGACAAAGAGUUAUACCAAAGCGAACACUGGAGUCUGGUUACAAGUUUCAGUACCAAGAUCUAAGGUCGGCCUUACAAGAAAUUGUUCGAAACUGAUUGUUCCCAAAAUAGUGGUUAUGAAAUGUAGUUCCUGUACAGAUAUGCCAUGGCUAAUUGAUGCAGAAAUGAUACCAUGGCAGUCCAUGUAUAAUAACACUAUAAUGAUCUAAAUAUAUAGUCAAUGAACAAUGUUGAAGAUAAGACUUUAUUGAUCCCAAACGAAAUUGCAUUGUAAAUACUCUGUGAAUGGAUGGUCAUCUACGUUUUCCGAGGUAUAAAAUAAUUUGUACAGACA